GACGCGGACGACGCGCGUCAUGGGCGUCCCGAGCGCGGAGGACGUCGAGUUCGGCGACGCGGAUAAAAAGAUCAUCCCCCUGGACGAGGACGACAUCGCGCUGCUGAAGACGUACGGGUUGGGGGCGUAUAACGACGCGAUUAAAGAUCUCGAAAACGACCUGAAGACGAUCAGUAAGCGCGUGAACGACUUGUGCGGGAUCAAGGAGAGCGACACCGGGCUGGCGCCGCCGUCGCAGUGGGAUUUGACGGCGGAUAAACAGGCGUUCCAGGAGCAGCAACCGUUGCAAGUGGCGAGAUGCACGAAGAUCAUCAACCCGGGGACGGAGGACGCGCAGUACGUGAUAAACGUGAAACAAAUCGCAAAGUUCGUCGUGGGUUUGGGGAACGAGGUGGCGCCGACGGACAUUGAGGAGGGGAUGCGGGUGGGGGUGGACCGGAAUAAGUAUUUCAUACAGUUGCCGUUGCCACCGAAGAUCGAUCCGAGCGUGACGAUGAUGACGGUUGAGGAAAAGCCCGACGUGACGUACGGCGACGUCGGGGGGUCGAAAGAACAGAUUGAGAAGCUUCGCGAAGUCGUGGAGUUACCGUUGUUGCACCCCGAGAAGUUCGCGAAGCUUGGGAUCGAUCCGCCGAAAGGGGUAUUGUGUUACGGGCCGCCGGGGACGGGUAAGACGCUCCUGGCGCGCGCGGUGGCGAAUCGCACGGAUGCGUGUUUUAUUCGCGUCAUCGGGAGCGAGUUGGUGCAAAAGUACGUCGGGGAAGGUGCGAGGUUAGUUCGAGAGCUGUUCCAGAUGGCGAGGAGCAAAAAGGCGUGUUUGAUUUUUUUCGACGAAGUCGACGCCAUCGGCGGCGCUCGCUUCGACGACGGUCAAGGCGGAGACAACGAAGUGCAGCGUACGAUGCUUGAGAUUGUGAACCAGCUCGAUGGGUUCGACGCCAGAGGCAACAUCAAGGUAUUGAUGGCCACGAAUAGACCCGACACUCUGGAUCCGGCGCUGUUGCGUCCCGGGCGUCUCGACCGCAAGGUUGAAUUCGGCUUGCCCGACUUGGAGUCCCGAACGCAAAUUUUCAAGAUUCACACCCGCUCCAUGGCUGUCGAGCGCGACAUUCGCUACGAACUUUUAGCGCGCCUGUGUCCCAACGCCACCGGGGCGGAGAUCCACUCCGUGUGCACCGAAGCCGGCAUGUUCGCCAUUCGCCAGCGCCGGAAAACCGUCGGCGAAAAGGAUUUCUUGGACGCCAUCAACAAAGUCAUCAAGGGCUAUCAAAAGUUCUCCUCCACCGCGAAGUACAUGCAGUACAACUAG